ACAAUUUAACUUGAAGAUUGUAACAAUUUAUUUUCAGUAUUAAUUAUUCAUCUUAAUGGAUUAUAUUUAUCGUUAUGACCUUUGAUAUUAGUGAAAUUCAUUAACGAUUAUUUUACUUAUUCUUGUUCAUAUUGUUUUUAGUUAAUUUCGUUAAUCAUUGUGCUUUAAUCAUCAUGUCCUCUUCUGAAACGAGUAUUAUCAAAAUAAACUUUGUCAUUCACAUUUCCAUCAAAGGUAUAGAAUUGACCGAGUCAGAGGUUAAUUCAUUAUUCCAACAUAUCGGUUAUCCCUUGUUCCUUUGUGAAACCCGGAACAUUGAGAUUGAAGGAAAAUAUAAGGUCAAUAGCGAUUCUGGUGUUGUACACUUCGUUGACAAUGAGAGUGGAAUCGAGAUGAAUUCAAUGAAAUUCUUGAAGAAAUUAGCUAAAAACCAUCGUGUUUAUCUACAUGGAACUUUUGAAAUUGAUGAAUCUGAAUUUUUAUCUCUAAUCGAUACAAUUUGCUGCCAUAUACCCGAACAUGUAAUCAGUUGGAGUUGUCGACCUGAUUGUAUAUUUGACCGUUCAUCUGAAGAACUUUCAUCUACAUUUGAUGUAACCUCAUUUCGUUUUGGUAAUGUGAUCAAUGGAAAUCGUUUUGUUUGUCAUCUAAAUGAUUUCCAAACCAAAAUCGGAAAAAGAUUCGGUUUGAUGAGCGAUAUUACCGUUAGAUUAUCUCAUCGAACUCAAGAAAUGGUUCUCAGAUUUAAACUCUCUUAUUGUACUGGUUCCAAUCAAGAAUUGAAACAUGUUCGGUGUAAAUUUAUCUUUGAUUUUCCUUCGAUAAUCGAGAUAAUUACAAGUGCAAAUUAUGCAAGUGAUUUCUAUUUGCGACUCGAUUAUCCUCCAAGAUUCUUGGUAAAAGAAGGUAAUAGUUGGAACCAAUGGACUGAUUGUGAAAUUAUUUCUCGAGAAAUUAUUGGUAAAUGUAAAGUACUUCGAAUAAGAAUGGAACUUGAAGAUAGUGAUGAAUUAAUCGAUUACAUGAUUCCAGAGUUUUAUUCAAUUUUUCGAAAUCGAGCUUGUAAUUUUGUUUGUGUUCCCAUGGAAAAUUAUUGCAUCGAUCAUGUUGAAGAUGCUACUGAUCGUAAUCUACCCUUUGAAGUAAAAUAUACUCUUCAAUGUAUUAAUUCACUUUCGUUUGCCUUUGCUGACGAUCUGAUUGUCAAUAACAAUCAGGACGCUUUUUACAAUCUAAUUGAAUCUCUCGUUAUGGAUGGUAGAACCAACCUUGUCACUGAAGCAUUGACUCGACUUUUCAAUUCCUAUUUCUAUGGUAAUCCCGAUGUUCUUGAUGCUUUCGAAAGUUUAAACGCUCUUGUGAAAACAAUCGGCGAGGAAACUGAAGUUAGCCAGAAAACCGAAGAUAAAAUUCAGUGUAUGAAACGAAUAAUAUUAACACCCAUGAGAACAAUUUUUCUUCCACCUUCAUCAUCUGAAACUAAAUUCAUCUCGGCAAAUUCUGACCUUUCACGUCUAAUUAAAGUUCAUCUAAGAGAUGAUGAUCAUUCGCAUGCAUGUAGUUCACCUUAUCCCUAUUUAUCCGAAGGAUUUGGAGAAUCUGAUUUCGCCAAUCAGAUAAAAGAUUCCAAGUGUAGAACUUUUUUCCUUAAACAGCUGAUCGGUCGAAAACUUUUCGGUGAACAUGGUUUGUUAUCGAAAAAUUCAUACAAAUAUCAUGGGUCAUCUCUAACUGAAUUAUUCAUGGAAGGAAUCAUUGUAGAAGCUCAAGUUUAAUUCAUCAUGAAAAUGAUUAAUCUUGAAUGUUUUUAUUUCCUCAUUAUUGUUUUUACCUGUAAAUAUUUUUAACUUGUCAUUGUUUUUAAUUAUCUUUUUUCCAUUGGUUGUUAUCAUUAAAACGAAAAUUUUUCAAAUAUUAA